ACGUGCAGGAAUGCUGGCGAGGAAGCCUUUCGAAAUGGUUGAUUGCUAGGCGAAACAAUCUCAUCACAGGACAAUCACGAAGCACACGCCAGUACAUGAUUCUCACUGCCGCGGACAGAAAAGCAAGUUUGGCAGAGGAAUUUAUAGACGUCGGCGUAAAUAUUACGUCAAGAGGCGAUGACGGCGCAAGAAGCAUCUCCACUGCCGGGUCAAGGCAUCGUCACAAGCGAUGCCAAACCCACAUCCGCCGAAGGUCGCAAGGCGGUAACGUCGCAGUACACAGCUAGCCUGUGCACUACGAGAGCCAUGGUGGAAAAGGCGCUCGCGGUGAGACUCGAGGUGUUCUGCGAUGAGCAAGGGUACGACCCGAACACGGAUGUGGAUGACCGAGAGCGCAUCUCUGCCCAUUUCAUCCUGCACAAGAAAUCCACACCGGAGCAUGCAGAAGGCACCAUCCGCAUCACUCCCUAUCCCAUUCCUCCUUCGCCCGAAGAAAAGGGGGACAAAUUCCCAGCAGGGUUCAAGAGUCCGCAAGAUGACGAGUUGAGCGAGUCGUUCAGAAAGACGGCUAGGGGCGGGGAUCCUAAAGCGGGGGCAAAGAUCUCAAGAGUGGCCAUCGCCAAGGAGGCGAGGGGACUAGGACUCGGCUCGACCAUGAUGCAGGCCGUGGAGGACUGGCUGCUGCAAGUUCUGCAAGGCGAUUCAAACGAGCCAGCAUUGCCAAGCGUCGAGCUCGUCCUGAGCGCACAGGUAAUCGCCAAAGGCUUCUACGACAAGCUCGGGUUCACCUCUGACAAUGUCGUCUAUGACGAAGAGGGCGAGCCGCACCAGUGGUACACUAAGCAGAAGCUCGUAGAGUCGCGCAUCAUCUACCUGUACAUUUAUCCCUUUGCAAGGUCAGACUGA